AGGUGGUAAUUUUCGUGAAGUCCGUGCAGCGCGCCAUCGCGCUCGACAAGUUGCUGGUGGAGUGUAACUUUCCCUCGAUCGCCAUCCACUCGGGGCUGAACCAGGAGGACCGCAUCGCGCGCUACAAGCAGUUCAAGGAGUUCCAGAAGCGUAUCAUGGUGUCCACCGAUCUGUUCGGCCGCGGCAUCGACAUCGAGAGGGUGAACAUCGUCAUCAACUACGACAUGCCCGAUGACAGCGACUCGUAUCUGCACCGCGUGGGGCGCGCGGGCCGCUUCGGCACCAAGGGGCUGGCGAUUACCUUUUCGGCGACGGACGAGG